AUGAAGAAAUGUCCUGAUGAGGUUGUUCUCUUCCGCGAUGGGCGUCACCUCACCCUAGCAGAAGUUUUUGAUAGCAUCAACCUCACAGCAUACGACCUCAGUAUCGACACUUUGGACAUGCAUGCGCACAAAGAUUCAUUCCAUCGAUUUGACAAGUUCAAUUUAAAAUAUAAUCCUAUUGGGGAGUCUCGGCUGCGGACGAUAUUUCUCAAGACAGACAAUUUCAUAAAUGGUCGCUACCUUGCCGAGAUCACGAAAGAGGUCAUUUCCGAUCUCGAAUCAAGCAAAUACCAGAUGGUAGAGUGGCGCAUAUCCGUUUACGGGAAGGCCAUUGAUGAGUGGGAUAAGCUUGCCGCCUGGGUAGUGGAUAAUAAGUUAUUUUCACAUAACCUACAUGUGUUCCUGCAACGUGUGAUCGGCUUCGAUUCUGUCGAUGAUGAAAGCAAGAUAGAAAGGCGUCUGUUUAAAAAGUUUCCCGUCCCCAAGUCUUGGGACUAUAAUCAGAACCCGCCAUACAGCUACUGGAUAUACUACCUUUACGCCAACAUGGUGUCUCUCAACCACUGGCGCAAGCGACGAGGCUUUAACACUUUUGUGCUGCGGCCGCAUUGUGGCGAAGCUGGUGAUAGCGAACAUCUGGCCGUUGCUGCGCUAUGCGAGAACGGUUUCGCCACCGUAUUCUUUUGGAAGAAAAAGAGCUUCUACGUCGACAUAUUGCAGGGAAAGUAUGACGACCUGCCAGAGAGCAGCUUUCCUGCUAUGCAAGCGAUUGCACACGCCCGCUCAAUGUACGAAUACACGCGACAAACCGAUGAAGAGCUUUCCUUCCCGGAGGAUACACUCCUUGCCGUGUUUGACACCUCGGAUCCUGACUGGAUUUUAGUUGGACUGGAGGAUGAUUUUGGGUUUGCUCCAGCAAACUACAUCGAGCUUGAUGGCGGCCCUGAAGACGAUGCUCGAUCUACAACGCCCACUCCACCCUUCACUGAAGAGCGAUUCAGCAACAGGCCGAGCAAGUCCGAGGAAAUUGUCGCAGCUCUCGGCGAGCUUGCAGCGGCCGUGAGAGCAGAUGAUCUACCUGUUGCGCUCCUAUCGCCUACAGGAAAUUCUCGGAAAUCGGGCCAGGUACUCUACGACUUCGUCGCCCAAGGGGAUGAUGAAGUGACUGUUGAUGCGGGCGACGACGUCAUUAUUCUCGACGAUACCAAAAGUGAUGAAUGGUGGCAGGACGGUAAGAUCAACCUACACAAGGUUAACGGUGUCAAGAUUGCUGUGCCAGUUGAAAAAAUGUCGCACGAAGACAUCGAGUACGUUGAGCGUCUACGCGAAGGUGAUAUCAUUAAGGUAAUGAGGGCCAUUGAUGCGAAAUUUGGGAGAGCGGGCAAACUUGGCAAGGAUCUUGCCGAUGCCGACGUACAUGGACAAAGCGGGCUCUUUUCUGGCCCCGGCGGUACACUACGGAACAAUACGAGAAAAGGCCGGCCCGCCCCCGCCAUGCAGACUGACAAUGUUAUCGACGCAACCGCAUUAUCGAAGGCUGGCAAAGAGUUACUUGUGGAGGAGAAGGUAACAGGCUCCACGGCCCCAAAACCAAGCUACGAUCGCCCACCGACAAAGGCUGCACUUGAGGGUUUUGACGAUGAUGCAUGGGAUGUAAAGCCAACACUCAACCCACGACAGCUAAUUCCGAGACAGUGA